UGUCCGCAGUCUCCGGUCGUCUCCUGUACCGUGUCCGCAGUCUCCGGUCAUCUCCUGUACCGUGUCCGCAGUCUCCGGUCGUCUCCUGUACCGUGUCCGCAGUCUCCGGUCGUCUCCUGUACCGUGUCCGCAGUCUCCGGUCGUCUCCUGUACCUAUGUCCGCAGUCUCCGGUCAUCUCCCGUACUGUGUCCACAGUCUCUGGUCAUCUCCCGUACUGUCCGCAGUCUCUGGUCAUCCCCUGUACUGUGUCCGCAGUCUCUGGUCAUCUCCUGUACUAUGUCCGCAGUCUCUGGUCAUCUCCCGUACUGUGUCCGCAGUCUCUGGUCAUCUCCUGUACUGUGUCCGCAGUCUCUGGUCAUCCCCUGUACUGUGUCCGCAGUCUCUGGUCGUCUCCUGUACUAUGUCCACAGUCUCUGGUCAUCUCCUGUACUAUGUCCGCAGUCUCUGGUCAUCUCCUGUACUAUGUCCGCAGUCUCUGGUCAUCUCCUGUACUAUGUCCGCAG